CCAGAAUUCUCCUCCCAGACGUUAACAAAAAAACCUGUUCUGUGGAAUGCGUGCACACACGCAAACACCGACACGCACACACACGCAAGUCAAUGGAGUCGACGGUCCUUCCUGUUUUUCAGAACUUUUCCCUCCUCUCUGAUUUGGGGCUGGAGCUCGAGCUGGAAGUCGUCUGAGAGCUCUCUGGGCUCCGGGGCGAGGACUUCACACUCCUGUCUGCUGAGCAGAUGACGCAGGGAGUCCCGCGAUAGGCUGGCUCUUUAUUUUUUUGGUUCAUCCCCCAUGUUGUUGGAGUUUGCGGCGUCUGUGAGAUUAGCCCCAGGGGGUUAACUUUGGUGUGGGGGAGACGAGGAGGUGGGGGUGGGGAGUGUGUACAUCCGGGUCGAGAAGAAGGUGGGACAGCGAAGAAACCUGAGACUUCAGGCUGAGCGAAGAGCUGUUGGGGAGUGUAGGAAGACCCUCUUCCUGAUGGAUGAGAGGGGGGAAACCCUUCCCAGAAUACCCUAAGGACCCCCCCCUUCCUCAGCAUUUGCCAGCACAGGCCUCAGAAAGUGAUGGAGACGCUCAGAGAGUCUUUUCUACACUUGGCCUUUCAGAUGUCCACCUACAAGAGAGCCACGCUGGAUGAGGAGGACCUGACCAACUCGACGGUGGACGAGGUCUACCCCUCGACCAGCAUGCAGCUGAUAAUGCGUCGUGGUGGGGGUCCCCGGUGCUGGGCGGACCGGACCAUCACUGAGAAGAGGCUCCUCGGCCUGAUCUGUGUGCUGACACUCGCCCUUUUCGUGUGCAUCGUCACUCUCAGCUUCUACUACCAGAGGGGUCACCCCAAUCUCUGCUUGUCCGAGGCCUGUGUGACUGUGGCCAACACGGUUCUGGGUGCCCUGGACACCUCGGUGGACCCCUGUCAAGACUUCUACAGCUAUGCCUGUGGGGGAUGGAUGAAGAACAACCCCCUCCCUGAGGGAAAAUCUCGUUGGGGGCCUUUCAGCAGCCUUUGGGAGCGCAACAUGGCCGCCAUGAAGAACCUGCUGGAGAACACCAGCAUGGAAGGGCUCAGCAAAGCGGAACUUAAGGCCCAGAGGUAUUACCAGGCUUGCAUGAGCGAGGCCAAGAUCGAGGCGCUGGGUGCUCAGCCAUUACAGGAUCUCAUCAAUCAGACUGGCGGCUGGGUGUUGACAGGCCCCUGGGAUGAGGAGAACUUCCAGGAGGUUUUACGCAUAGUUUCUGCUCGCUACCGCACCUCGCCUUUCUUCACCGUGUUCGUCAGCACGGACUCCAAAAGCUCCAACAGUAACAUCAUCCAGGUUGACCAAUCGGGACUGGGGCUUCCUUCACGGGAUUACUACCUCAACAAGACAGCCAACGAGAAGUAUCUGAAAGCCUACCUGGACUUUUUGGUGGAGCUGGGGAUUUUACUCGGUGGGUCUGAGGAAACAUCGAGGACACUGAUGCAAGAGAUAGUGGACUUCGAGACAACUUUGGCCAACAUCACUGUGCCGCAGGAAGAGCGACGUGACGAGGAGCUAAUCUACCACAAGAUCCAAGCAAAAGAGCUGGCAACACUGGCCCCCGCUAUUGAAUGGAUGCCUUUUCUCACAGAAGUAUUUUCCCCAGUGGAGCUGAACGACUCUGAGCCUGUGGUGGUGUAUGCUAAGGAAUACCUGGAGAAAGUCUCCAACCUCAUCAACCACACCAACAAGAGCCUCCUCAACAACUACAUGAUAAUGAAGGUGGUGAGAAAGAUGGUCUCCAUCCUGGACCAGAGGUUCCAAGAUGCUGAGCAGCGUUUCUUUGAAGUUAUGUACGGAACCAAGAAGAGCUGCACACCUCGCUGGAAGCUGUGCGUCAGCGACACUGACAGUGCCCUAGGCUUCGCCCUCGGGGCCCUGUUCGUCAAAGCCAACUUUGCCCAUGACAACAAGGCCAUUGCAGAAGGCAUGGUUUCAGAGAUCAAGCAGGCCUUUGAAGAAGGUCUUCAGUAUGUAGGCUGGAUGGAUGCCGAAACCAAGAAAGCAGCAAAGGAAAAGGCAGAUGCUAUUUACAACAUGAUAGGAUAUCCAAAGUUCAUCAUGAAUCCCACUGAGCUUGACAAAGUAUUCAGUGAUUUCGAGGUGGUGUCAGACCUGUACUUCCAGAACGUCAUGCAGUAUUACAACUUCUCUGCCAGGGUGACCGCAGACCAGCUCAGGAAAGCGCCCAAUAAGGACCAGUGGAGCAUGACCCCGCCCACAGUCAACGCAUAUUAUAACCCCACAAAGAAUGAGAUGGUCCUACCUGCUGGGAUCCUCCAGGCUCCGUUCUACAACAAGGUCUGGCCCAAGGCUUUGAAUUUCGGUGGGAUUGGUGUCGUCAUGGGCCAUGAGCUGACGCAUGCCUUUGAUGAUCAAGGAAGGGAGUAUGACAAAGAUGGUAACCUGCGCUCCUGGUGGAAAAAUUCAUCAGUGGAGGCCUUCAAGAGGCAAACGCAAUGCAUGGUGGAGCAGUACAGCAACUACAGCGUAAACCAGGAGCCCCUGAACGGUCGCCAUACACUGGGAGAGAACAUAGCCGAUAACGGGGGCCUGAAAGCCGCCUACAAGGCUUAUGAGAAUUGGGUGAAGAAGAAUGGGGAGGAGAGAGGACUUCCUGCCCUGAAGCUUACGAACCGCCAGCUAUUUUUUGUCGCAUUUGCACAGGUGUGGUGUUCGGUUCGCACCCCAGAAAGCUCCCACGAAGGGGUCAUCACCGACCCACACAGCCCGUCCCGCUUCCGCGUCAUCGGCACUGUGUCCAACUCCCUCGAGUUCUCCAAGCACUUCGGUUGCCCGGUUGACUCCCCGAUGAACCCCAGGAGCAAGUGCGAGUUGUGGUGACACCGUGGAUGCCACACCUGCCCCGCCGCCCCACCCAUCCCCCCGGACGACAUGGACCUGCGAGCCCAACGUCCGCACGUCAGAACCUCAACCCGACACCCCCAAUCCCACCCAAAGAACCCCACAGUGCGCCUUGCCUUGCACCUCGAAGUUCCCCUUCCUCUCUUAAUCUCAAUUUUAUUUUUUUCCCAAAACGGGGGUCUGUGAAUAGGUUUCUCCUAAGAAGAGAGACGGACUAAACACUGGAAAACUGCCAGAAGAUGGAGAAAGAUAUGCAAAUCUUUGCUUCUUUAGUUUCGUGAAUAAAUGUUAGUUUCUUUUUUUAUUCCUUUUCUUGAUAGGAGGUCAUAUUUAUUUUCUUACAUCCCCGUUUUAUAGCCUUUUGCAUAUGGACUCUUUUUACAUAAAGAUUUUUACAAGUAGUUUUCUCUCACAAGUCAAAAUGUAUGACUGCAGGAAAAAUGUCUAAGAUUUUACCAUGAGCCUUUGAACACUAUGCCUUAAUUAAGCAGAACCAAUGACUGAUUUGCCCGUUUUAAAAACAAAGUUGAUUUACCUUAAAUGUCAGUCACUGAAAAUGGUGAUGUUAACCUUGCCUCUUGGGAAAAGGUCACCCAGGGGGAAAUGGGUGCAAUUUUGAAAAUCUAGGAACAUUUUCUUUUUUUAACAUAUGGAAAUAAUGGGUAUGGCUUUAGUCCUAUCCGAUUUAAUUGGUUAUCGUAAAUUAUUUCUCUUAAAUGUAAUGUCAGAUUUCAUUCGCGAAAGACGCAAUGCAGUUUUUACAAUGAAGGGAAAGCGGUCCAGGUUGGAGUUGUGUGUGUGUGUGUAUAUAGUUAUUUUAAUUUCUCAUUAAAAUGACGGGUGGCUAUUUGUCAGCACAACUACAGGUUGUGAUCACUCAAAAUAUAUUUGUGUGUGUAUAUAUUUGUCUAAAAACUAUAUGAAUAUCCUCCAGUUCCUAAAAUAUAUAUUGUUCGAUGCUCACUGUAGUAGAAUCCGUUUUGUUCUGUGAAGAAAGUUUGGGAGAAGAUUAUGCAUCAUGCCUAUCCCAGAAUGAGACUGACCUGAUGGAAAUCUGACUGUUUGUAGCGUCUACAGCAGGGUUGCCAGCUGUCACUCGUCUGACGUGACACUCACACUUCCAGACCCUCACACUGAUGCAAAUCUUAUGACAAAUCUAUGUUACUCCAUUAUAAACCUAAAAUUAGCCACAUAAAAAAGGCGUUGGGAUGGUUUACAAACCCUACAGACUAUAAGGUAAUAAAAUUGUUACAUACAUGUAAAUGUGUGUGCAGACUUUCCUCGAACUGAAAAUCUUACUCUAGAAAGCUGGUCAAACUUGGCAACCCUGCUACAGGCAUUAUAACUACUACUACUUUUUAAGUGUUGUGUAAGCGCUUUAUUGUUCGUGAAACCCGAAACUGCAAUAUAUUGCUCAGGAAUCUUUAUAUAUGGGGCCUACAUUAUAUUUUUUUAAGAAUUGCGCAUCUUUUUGGCAAGUGGUGAUUUCUGUUAUCAGGUUUAUUUGAUGGUUGAAUGUUGACACUUGACUAAAUUUUUGCCCGAAUUAAAGUAGCGCUUUCCAGGUU